AUGGCUCCAACUAGAAAAUUUGAAUCGGGCUCUUCUAAAUGUAAAAGAAAACAGAAAGAAGCACAAUUUAUUGAUAGUCAAAGAGGAUCUAUGGAUUCAUUUAGUAUCAAAAAAGUGUCGGAAUAUCAUCUCAAUGAAGAAUCGGUUGGGGAAGAACAUAAAGAAAAAGAAGAAGCCGAAUUGCAUGUGCCAGAAAAUAUGGAUGAGUUACAUGAAACUGUAGAAGAACCUAGAGAAGAACUUCACAAUGUUGUGGAAGAACCUAGAGAAGAAGAAGUUGAACUGCAAGUGCCAUAA